AUGGACGGUAUAUCCAAACCAAAGCACCAUUUCAACCUCCACACCACCACUAUCGUGCCUAUUCCCAAGUCCCCACAGGUUGCCUUGUCCUCACCCGAAUGGCUCACCGCCAUGACCAAUGAGUUUAGUUCACUUAUUAAAAAUGAGACUUGGGAGUUAGUUCCUCGUCAACCAGACAUGAAUAUUAUACGGUGUAUGUGGCUUUUCAAACCCAAGUUUCGUUCAGAUGGUAGCUUGGAAAGAUAUAAUGCUCGACUGGUCUGUGAUGGUCGCAGCCAACAGGUGGGUAUCGAUUGUGGUGACACCUUCAGUCCGGUCGUUAAACCGGCAACGAUUCGUCUCAUUCUUACCUUGGUUCUCUCACGCUCUUGGGCCAUCAACCAAUUAGAUGUUACCAACGCCUUCCUACAUGGUAACUUGGAGGAAACUGUUUAUAUACAUCAGCCCAUGGGGUUCCGGGAUUCACGCUUUCCGGGUCAUGUUUUGCAAACUGAAGAAAUCACUAUAUGGCUUAAAGCAGGCUCCACGAGCCUGGUUACUGCCUACCUCCUUCUUUAUGUGGACGACAUCAUCCUCACCACAUCUUCUGACACACUUCGCGGACGUAUUAUGAAUUCCUUAUCUGGCGAAUUUUCCAUGAAAGAUUUGGGUCCCUUAUAUCAUUUUCUGGGUAUCUCUGUCACACGGACGGGUGACAACAUGUUCUUAUCCCAGCAUUCUUAUGCCACAGACAUCAUCCGCCGGGCCGCCAUGGACUCCUGCAAACCGGUUGCUACACCAGUUGACACUGGCUCCAAGCUUGGUGCAAAUUCCUCCGCCCCAUUUCCUGAUCCAACCACCUAUCGCAGUUUGGCAGACGCUCUUCAAUAUCUUACAUUCACAUGGCCUAAUAUCUCAUAUGCAGUUCAGCAGAUAUGCAUGCACAUGCACUCUCCAUCAGAUGAUCAUUGGAACGCUCUUAAGCGAAUCAUCCGAUAUAUACAGGGCACUUCAGACUACGGUCUCUAUCUCAAUCCUGCCCCACAUAUUUCCCUUCGUGCAUACACUGACGCUGACUGGGCAGGAUGUCCCGACACUCGCCGUUCUACUUCCGGCUACUGUGUAUAUCUUGGCGACAAUUUACUUUCCUGA